AUCAGUGAUUCAAUUGUUUCUAACUAGUGCUCACUUUCAGAAGAAAACCACAAACACAAAAGUUUCAGAGUCAGUCACAAUUUUUUGAUUUCUGAUUAGGAUUUAACGAACAAACCUUAAAGAAAGGGUAAACGUCGUUGUCAUUUGCCCAAUACAGCGCCACCAAACAGCCACACUCAGCUGAAAAUUUGAGUCCAAUCUCAUCACAACUCAGCCACCAUUCAAACAAACACCUUGUCUGCACAAACAAAAUCAACCUCUUCUUCUUCUCUUUCUCUUGAGGUAUCAAUCAUGGUGAGUAGUGAUGAUCCCAAUCACAAACCCGAUUCUUCUCUAUACGAAUCUUCAGCUGCACAACCCUUUCUACCAAAACCCCAUUACCCUUCUUCUUCUUCUUCUCCAAUCGAAGAACACGAUUCUCAUGAAUCAGAGUCAAACCAGCAAUACCUUCACAUCUCUUACAAUCACGGUCCUCGUUCCUUCAAGGACCUUCCAUUCCUCAUCCUCUUCCUCCUCCUCGUCCUGUCCACCUUCGCAUUCGGAAUCUUCUCCAUCUUCCACCGCAACACCACCUACUCCUCCCUCUCCUCUUACUCCUACGACUCCACCACCACCUCCUGCACCAAAAACACCACGUUUUCUUCAUCUUCUGCGUCUUCCCCCAACUGGGUCUCGCUCAAUUUCUAUUCAUCGUCUUCCUCGCCUCUCGUCAAGGAUUUGAUAUGGACACUGGUGAUUACCUUCGCUUUCAGCGUGCCCAUGUGCUGGGGUUUGCUUCUCUUACUCAAGCAUUACACCAAACAGCUUGUCUACGUUGCGAUUCCGUUCUUCAUCGCCAUACCCAUCUUCCUCAACGUGUACUGGUUCGUUGCCUGCACUGUCAGCACCUCUUGCAGUGACGCUUUUCCUCUGGCGUACAGGAUUCUAGUGCUGGUGUUCAUCUUUUUGGUGAUUGGGGUCAUCGUGUGGAUCUUGGUGGUGAAUUGGCAUCGGGUGGAGCUCACGGUUAGGAUAAUCGGUGUGGCUUCCGACGCGCUUUCCAGGAAUCUGGGAUUGUUUGGGGUGCUGCCCUGUUUGACGAUCGGGCUUGUGGUGUAUUACGUGCCAAUCGUGGUUUUCAUGGUGUUUGCUAAGUUUAACGGCAAGGUUGUGCCUAAGGAGUAUUCGGAUGGCGAAUAUGGCUGUGUUUGGAAGGAGGAUUCUUGGGUGUCUGCUUAUUUUGCACUGGCAAUUCUCACUAUGUUGUGGUCUGCUGCAGCUAUGGUGGAAGCACAGGUUUAUGUUAUCAGUGGGACUAUUGCUCGCUGGUACUUCUCCAAGGACUAUGAAACUUCCACAAGGAGUAUUAGAACUUCUCUCAGAAAUGCUUUUGGUCCUUCUUCUGGCACUAUAUGUUUGUCGGGAUUGCUCAUAUGUGUUGUUCGAGUAGUUCGUUCUGCGGUUGAUAAUGUGAGACAAGAAGCUGCUCCUGGCAUUGUGAACAUUAUGUUACGGUGCUGUGUGAAUGCCUUACUGACAGCGUUCGAUUUUCUGAAUAAGUUUACCUUAAACUUUGCUGCAAUAACUGGUGAAGCUUAUUGCUCAUCUGCAAGGAUGACAUAUGAACUUCUAAGACGUAACCUUCUCUCAGCUGCUUUUGUGGAGACCAUCUCAUCUCGCCUCCUGGCUGGAAUUGUCUUUGUCCUCUCAGCAAUCUACACAAUUGUGGUGUGUGUUAUCUUAAAAUACGGGACCAAUCUUGGGUCUGAUUCAUAUUUUGUGGCUGCUAUGGCAUGGGUGCUACUCAUAAUAGUUCUGGGUUUCCUGGUGCAUGUGCUAGAUGAUGUAAUUGACACGGUUUAUGUCUGCUAUGCGAUAGACAGGGACAGAGGAGAGGUUUGUAAACAAGACGUUCAUGAGGUUUAUGUUCACCUACCCAUAAGUAGAAGUCUCAGACAAUCCAAUAUUAUUACAAGUACUCUAGGUGUGUAAUGUACAUAAUUCUUAGGAUUCAAAGGUUUUUGAAUCAUUGGAUUGUUAUUGUGUGGACAGUGUGGAGUUAGAAUUGUCUGUUAGCAUGUUGUGCAUACUUCUGAAUGUUUCUUCUAUGAAUUUUUGUUUCAUAAUUUUUACAAAGGGUAAAUUUUUUUCCUA